CUGGGAAAGGGCAGUUUCCGUUAAGUACAGGCAGAGGCGCGCGAUCCGCCGCAGUCGCACGUGAAGGGCUGCGCGAUUGUCGCUCGGGGUGGUAGCUCUCCGCUCGCCGCGGAGCGUCCCGGAAGCAGCGGGGAGCAAGAACUGUCCCGCGGCAGCUCCGAAGCUAAGCCCGGAGCCCGGCGUGUGGCGCCUCGGAGCACAGCGGCGGCGCCAUGUCCUUGAUCUGCUCCAUCUCCAAUGAGGUGCCGGAGCACCCGUGCGUGUCCCCCGUCUCCAACCACAUCUACGAGCGGCGGCUCAUUGAGAAGUACAUCGCCGAGAACGGCACCGACCCCAUCAACAACCAGCCUCUGUCCGAGGAGCAGCUGGUGGACAUCAAAGUGGCUCACCCAAUCCGGCCCAAGCCUCCCUCAGCCACGAGCAUCCCAGCCAUUCUGAAAGCCCUCCAGGAUGAGUGGGACGCGGUCAUGCUGCACAGCUUCACUCUGCGCCAGCAGCUGCAGACGACCCGCCAGGAGCUGUCCCACGCGCUGUACCAGCACGAUGCCGCCUGCCGGGUGAUUGCCCGUCUCACCAAGGAAGUCACCGCUGCCCGAGAAGCUCUGGCUACGCUGAAACCGCAGGCUGGCCUCAUUGUGCCGCAGGCUGUGCCAAGCUCUCAGCCCAGUGUUGUGGGAGCAGGCGAGCCGAUGGAGCUGGGCGAGCUGGUGGGAAUGACGCCCGAGAUUAUCCAGAAGCUCCAAGACAAGGCCACCGUGCUGACCACGGAGCGUAAGAAGAGAGGCAAGACAGUGCCUGAGGAGCUGGUGAAGCCGGAGGAGCUCAGCAAGUACCGGCAGGUGUCUUCCCACGUGGGCCUGCACAGCGCCAGCAUCCCCGGGAUCCUCGCCCUGGACCUCUGCCCUGCCGACACCAACAAGAUCCUCACUGGCGGGGCGGACAAGAACGUCGUCGUCUUCGACAAGAGCUCCGAGCAGAUCCUGGCCACCCUCAAGGGCCACGCCAAGAAGGUCACCAGCGUGGUGUUCCACCCCUCCCAGGAGCUGGUGUUCUCUGCUUCCCCAGACGCCACCAUCAGGAUCUGGUCGGUCCCGAGCUCCUCCUGUGUGCAGGUGGUGCGGGCCCACGAGAGCUCUGUGACGGGCCUCAGCCUCCACGCCACUGGCGACUAUCUCCUGAGCUCCUCGGAUGACCAGUACUGGGCCUUCUCUGACAUCCAGACGGGGCGCGUGCUCACCAAGGUGACGGAUGAGACCUCCGGCUGCGCUCUCACCUGUGCGCAGUUCCACCCCGAUGGACUCAUCUUUGGGACAGGAACCAUGGACUCUCAGAUCAAGAUCUGGGACCUGAAGGAGCGCACCAAUGUGGCCAACUUCCCUGGCCACUCGGGCCCCAUCACCAGCAUCGCCUUCUCCGAGAAUGGCUACUACCUGGCCACGGCGGCCGACGACUCCUCCGUCAAGCUCUGGGACCUGCGCAAGCUGAAGAACUUCAAGACGCUGCAGCUGGAUAACAACUUUGAGGUGAAGUCCCUGAUCUUUGACCAGAGCGGGACCUACCUGGCCCUGGGGGGCACCGACGUCCAGAUCUACAUCUGCAAGCAGUGGACGGAGAUUCUCCACUUCACAGAGCACAGCGGCCUGACCACAGGGGUGGCCUUCGGGCAGCACGCCAAGUUCAUCGCGUCCACGGGCAUGGACAGGAGCCUCAAGUUCUACAGCCUGUAGGCCCUGUCCCUUCUGACGGUGGGG